GAGAGAGAGUGAGAGAGAGAAAGGAGAGCGAGCACUCCAGGUUGGCGCAGGCACCGGUCCGGGAGAGGAAAGCGCGUAGCGAGGUGGCAGCAUGGCUUCAUCUCAUGGGAGAACCGACAUGCGCUUCGCGGACUGGAUGGCAAGCUUACCGCCAAACAUGCACCGGAUUCCGCUGACCAACCUGGCUAUCCCCGGUUCCCAUGAUUCCUUCAGUUUCUACAUCGAUGAGGCAUCUCCGGUGGGCCCCGAGCAGCCAGAGACGGUCCAAAACUUUGUAUCGGUUUUUGGUACGGUGGCCAAGAAACUAAUGAGGAAAUGGCUGGCCACGCAGACCAUGAACUUCAUCAGCCAAAUGGAGGCUGGGAUCCGCUUCUUUGACCUUCGCAUCUCCACCAAGCCACGCGACCCUGACAACGAGCUGUUCUUCGCCCACGGGCUCUUCAGUGCCACGGUCAGAGAAGGUUUGGAGCAGAUCAGCAGUUUCCUGUCAGCUCAUGCCAGAGAGGUGGUUUUUCUGGACUUUAACCACUUUUAUGGUGUCCAGAACCUGCACCAUGAAAAACUGGUGGCCAUGCUGAGGGAGGUGUUUGGGGACAAACUCUGCCCUGUUGUUUUUGCUCAAGAGGUGACUUUGCAGUAUUUGUGGGAGAAAGAGUACCAGGUGCUUGUCUUCUACCACCACCCCAUGGCGCUGGAGGUGCCCUUCCUCUGGCCGGGCCAGAUGAUGCCUGCUCCGUGGGCCAACACCACUGACCCAGAGAAGCUAGUUCAGUUUCUGCAGGCAUCCGUCACCGACCGCAGGAGAAAGGGGAGUUUCUUUGUCUCUCAGGUGGUGCUGACGCCAAAAGCCAGCACUGUGAUGAAAGGCGUGGCAAGUGGAUUGAGGGAGACGAUAACUGAAAGGGCUUUACCGGGAAUGAUGCAGUGGAUCCGAUCGCAAAGACCCGGAGAGAGCGGCAUUAACAUCAUUACAGCUGAUUUUGUGGAGCUUGGCGAAUUCAUCAGCGCCGUCAUCACCCUCAAUUAUCAUCACCUUGAUGACGAUGAUGAUGAUGCUACCUGAAAACCCCUAUAGGGGGGCGUAAGGAGGUCACCACCACUACCGGCGGUGGUUGGGCCUGUGCUGUCACCCUUUUCACUUUGGCAUUUAUUUCAGGAGGGGAGCGGCAUCGCUCCCCUCACUUUAUUUAGGGCUACAGUGAACUGAGAGAGGGGUGUUGAGAUGGUUCAAGCUGAAACUGGUAGAGAAGAUAGUGGCGUUUUGUUGGAGCUCUAUGAGAAUGAGAUUUUGUUUAUUUCCUUUUGUUUGGUUACUCUUUUUUCAACUUUGAUAUUUCCUUUACUCUGUGCUGUAAAAAGUCCUGCUUUUUCCAACGAUCACAUGCACUACUUUCCGUCUCUGACAAACAUAUUCUCAUCUGAGCAUUGAAAUCGCUCCACUAACCUAAUCGGUCUAGACAUCGUAGAAAAAGUGACUGUUUACAAAAAGGUUAUUAUAAAUUAUUCCGUGUAAGUCAAAACUGUUGGCUUGUAUAAGUAGAUAGAUGAUGUCGGUCUUGUUUUACAAAAAAUGUCCAAGUAAAGUUUUUUAUCUUUUGUUUUUUUUUAAUGAAACUUUAUGCAUCCCUGGUCAACUCUAGGUGUUUUUUGAAAAACAACUUUAACAGCUUGAAUGGAGUGUGUUUUUAAUGUGCUAAUCUAUAAAAAGGAAACAAAAACACGGGAAGAAAUAAACUGUUUC